AUGUCCCAAACGAAAUUGACGUCUCUUCAAGGCCGCGUUGCCAUCGUGACUGGUGCAGGAGGCGGCCUCGGCAGGGAGUAUGCUCUUCUGCUCGCGUCGUAUGGCGCAAAAGUAGUCGUCAAUGACUAUGGGGGCUCUCUCAGUGGCCAACGUGGCACUAUAUCCCGUGCGCAAACCGUCGUUGAUGAGAUCAAAGCAAAGGGUGGAGAGGCCAUCGCAGAUGGCCAUGAUAUCUCUGUCCAGAGCGAAGUCCAAGAGCUUGUGCAGGAUACGCUAGCGGCAUACGGAACUAUUCACAUCCUUGUCAACAAUGCAGGCACUGCUGGUGAAGCUAGCUCACAUGACAAUGUGAACGUCCAAUCCUUCCGCCGGACGUGGGAGAUCGCUGCGCUGGGUACAGUUAUGCUCAUUGGUGCAGUUUAUCCUACCAUGGAGAAUCAAGGGUAUGGGAGGAUAGUCAAUACUUCGUCUGACAGUCUCAUCGGCAUGGGAGCGGGUGGUGAUGGUGGUUAUGUGUCAAGCAAAGGCGCAACCUUUGGUUUGACCCGCGAUCUUGGGCGCAUGAGUCCCAAGCAUGGUAUCAAGAUCAACGGCGUUCUCCCCUCAGCAGCAUCCCGCAUGUCGGACUUGUCGCCUGUUAUCAAGAGGAUUACGAGAGAGUAUUUCCACACGCAUCUCGUGGCGGAUUUUGUGGUGGCGUUGUGCAGCGCGGAGUGUCCGGUAUCUGGAGAGCUGUUUAGUGUUGGUGGUGGGAGAGCCGCGAGAACGACGUUGGCUACGGUGCCUGGGCAUUCUCGCGCGACGGGUCCGGAAGAUUAUUUGGCUCAUUUCGAUAAGGUUAUCGGUACUACGGAUGAGCUGUUUGUUCCCAAGGAUACGUUGGAUUUAGUGUCUUAUGCGAUAAAGCAAGCAACAGGGACUGAUGUAGGAGUGAUAACCUUAGACUAG